CCUCUCCCGACAUCCCCCUUACACGUACUCCCUCAUUACCCGAGCCCCUCGCCUAUUUACCCCUUAAGGAUCUCCCCCAGCCCUAGCCUGGAAAACAUCCCCAGGCGCCAUGAAAUGACGUCGGGUGGAUUUACACCCAGUGGACCCAGGCAGAGACUACCAAUCGCCGUCCGUAAUCGGGAGGCUUAACACCAGGUUCGAUCGAGCCAGUGGGGCCCCUCAUGCUUCGAGAGAGGCUGUCAAGGAGCUUCGGCUAUCCGAAACUUCUCGACCCUCGUGGCCUGUCACGGGGGUUGGCCUUCCCAGACACUUGUGCCAAUCGCCCUUGACUUUGAUAUCUCGAUCGUACUUUUCACUCGUUUCCUGAAGCAACUGUCCCUCGUUUUGUCGUUCGUUCCAUUCCUAAGUUUUUUUUCCAUUCCAGAUCAUUACCCCUAAACCCUGUCCAUGGCUGUCAAGACGGAGGAAGGAUCGUCUCCUGGUUCAUACCAGCAAAUGGAAGAUGGGCACGAUUUCGCGGAAUCAACUGUGGGCAAAGAUAUCCCUCCAUUCACAGCGGAGGAUGACUCUCCGGCCGACCAUCAGAGCAAGCAGAGAAUCGCUGUCGUGAUGACAGCGCUGAGCCUCUGCGUCUUUCUGGCAGCAUUGGACAUUACUAUUGUCUCGACGGCCUUACCAGAAAUGGUGGCCCACUUCAAAGCCUCCGACAGCGCAUACUCCUGGAUCGCAUCCUCGUACCUGCUUGCCAAUGCAUCGUGUGUCCCACUGUGGGGUCGGAUCAGCGACAUCUGGGGCCGAAAGCCCAUUCUCAUCAUCUCCGUGGUGCUCUUCCUGGGAGGGAGUUUGAUCUGCGGCGUGGCCAUCAACGUCGCCAUGGUCAUCGCGGGCCGCGCCAUCCAGGGUGUCGGCAGCGGAGGCAUCACUGUCUUGGCCAAUAUCUGCGUCUCAGAUCUGUUCAAUGUGCGCCGCCGGUCGGCGUAUCUGGGGAUUUUCGGAGCGACCUGGGCUAUCGCCGGUGCCAUCGGACCCAUCAUCGGCGGCGCCUUCACCACCUACUCGACUUGGCGCUGGUGCUUCUACAUCAACCUUCCCAUCGGAGGCCUCGCCUUCUUCGGUCUUCUCUUUUUCCUCCAACUCGAUACCGCCCCGCUCACCCCGCUCGCGACCGGCCUUCGGGCCAUCGACUGGACCGGCCUCGUCCUGAUCGUGGGCGCCACACUCAUGCUCCUGUUCGGCCUUGAGUUCGGGGGCUCGCAGUACCCCUGGUCGUCCGCCACGAUCAUCUGCCUCAUCCUUUUUGGACUAGUGACGGCCGGUCUCUUCCUCCUCCAUGAGUGGAAAUUCGCCCGCACGCCCAUCAUCCCCAUCACGAUCUUCUCCAACCCUUACAACCUGACGAUCCUUCUCAUCAACUUCUGCCACGCCACCGUGUUUAUCGGCGGGUGCUUUUAUCUGCCCGUCUACUUCCAGAACGUCCUCCUAGCCAGCUCCCUCAUGAGCGGGGUGUACCUGCUCCCGCUGGUCGUCGCCCUUUCGAUCUCGUCCGGGUUGGGGGGCUUCUACAUGCGGAGUACCGGCCGAUCGCGCGAGGCGAUCUGUUUGGGGAUGCUGUUCACGACCCUCGGCUUUGGACUCUACAUCGACCUCCAGUCGUACGCCUCGUGGCCGCGGAUCAUUCUGUUCCAGGUGGUCGUGGGGCUGGGCAUUGGCCCGAACUUCCAGGCGACGCUGAUUGCCUUGCAGGCGAACACCAAACCGGAGGAGCUGGGGCGCGGGACGGCGACCUUCUCCUUCAUCCGGCAGCUGGCCUCGGCGGUGUCGGUCGUGGUUGCAUCGGUGGUGUACGGCCAUGUGGUGAGUACGAAGGAGGGAACGAUGGCGGCGGUGCUGGGGGAGACCCUGGCGGAGGAGAUUGUGGCAGCGUCCACCGCGGCUGAGGCAUUUGUGAAGAUGCUGCCGAAGGGCGAGGAGCGGGAGGUGGUGCUACAUGCGCUGACGGAGGCGUUAAGCUGGGUCUGGGUGCUGUACACUGCUGUUGCCGGGUUUGGAUUCUUGAUUAGUUUGUCAUUGAAGGAUCUGCGGCUGGGGGACGCGCAGCCGACCAAGGCUGUGGAGGACGGCCAGGUGGACGAUGCCGUCGAGAUGGCUCAGGGUAGGGUUUAGAUCUACUGCACUGCACUGCACAGUAUAUAC